UAGAUUGAUGGACGGGCGGAGGGGUGUUUGGAGACAUGCAUCAGAGGCCGUGUGGGAUUCCAGAUCGACCCGUGUCUUGACCAGAUAAUGUCCGAGCGUUCGUGGGAUGAGUUUCUGGGACUGUUCUCUCUUGACCAAAUUUGAGUGGGACAUCGAGUGACUGUGAAAGAACGCAGGAGGGAUUCCGAAGUUACUGAAUUGUGAAGUGUUCUCUGCUUUUCUAUGUCAAAAUGAGAGAUUUCCCUUCUUGUUUUGGUGAAAAUGGAGUGCAAGUUGCCGAUUCUUCGUCUUCGAACGCCGCGAGAAAUGCGCAGAAUUUGGUCACUCGGGUUUACCAGUGCCGAUUGCGCGGCCGCUCUUGUUUAAUCACCAUCACAUGGAGUAAGCACAUGAUGGGUCAAGGCCUGAGUGUUGGGAUUGACGAUUCCUCGAACCAGUGCUUGUGUAAGGUGGACAUAAAGCCUUGGUUGUUCUCUAAGAGAAAAGGGUCCAAGAGUUUAGAAGCUUAUUCCUGUAAAAUCGACAUAUACUGGGACCUUUCCUCAGCGAAAUUUGGAUCUGGGCCCGAACCACUGGAGGGGUUCUAUGUGGGUGUCGUCGUCGAUCGGCAAAUGAUCUUGCUUUUGGGGGAUUUGAGGAAAGAAGCUCUCAAGAAGACAAAUGCUGUGCCGGUGCCUUCGAAUGCUUAUUUUCUUGCGAAGAGAGAGCAUGUUUUCGGUAAGAAGAUGUUUGUCACGAAGGCGCAGUUCUGUGAUAAUGGUCAAACUCAUGACUUGGUAAUCGAAUGUGACACGAGUGGUGUAAAUGAUCCGUGUCUCCUGAUUCGUGUAGAUAGUAAGUCCGUGAUGCAGGUGAAGCGGCUGCGGUGGAAGUUUCGGGGAAACCAUACCAUUUUGGUUGAUGGUUUGGCAGUAGAAGUUUUCUGGGAUGUUCAUAAUUGGCUGUUUAAUCCGUCUAGUGGAAAUGCUGUUUUCAUGUUCAAGACAUGCCUAUCAGCGGAGAAGUUAUGGAAUAGCCAGCCCUUCUCCGAGCCGAAUGCGUUGCAGUGGUCCUUCUCGCAAAGAUUUUUGGACUCAAAGUCCCAAGGCCUUAGCUUCUCGCUGAUUUUGCACGCAUGGAAGAAUGAGUAGAUAGGUUGAGGAAAUCCUCGCGGAAUACUGACAAAAGGAGCUUCUGAAGAGUUGUUUUUGCCCCACUCUUAUCAAUUAUGUGAUUGAAUUACACCUUUAAUUUUAUUGAAAUGGGUCCAUUUAUUCUCUCUUGUUUUCUUUGUUUUUUUCUUUUUCCCAGUCUCUUUUCUCCUGUUGCUAUUUUUUCACUUUUGUGUGAGUACUCGAAUGUUACUCAAGCAAUUUAAAUAGAUUAGAGGAAGUUUACUUGUUCGGAGUUGUCUGUAUAUUCCUCAAGUACUUUGGAAACUUUUGUAUAAUCUAUGAAGCUUUAAGUUUCCUUGCAGAA